AUGCACCGGGAGUUCCGCGGCGACGCCAUCUACCAGGCUGAGACCGAGGUGCAUUUCCCGCAUUUGACUGUCGGGCAGACGCUCAUGUUUGCAGCAUUGGCCGGGACGCCACAGAACCGACUGGCCAAUGUAUCGCGCAGGGACUACGCGGCGCAUCUCCGCGAUGUGAUCAUGGCCGUCUUCGGCAUCUCCCACACGGUGAACACCAAGGUUGGCAGUGACUAUGUCCGCGGCGUGAGUGGUGGGGAGCGCAAGCGGGUCAGUAUUGCAGAGGUGGCUCUCGCGCGGAGCCCGCUCCAAUGCUGUGACAACAGUACACGAGGCCUUGACAGCGCAACAGCCGUGGAGUUCGUGCGGGCAAUUCGCAUCUCGGCGGACGUGCUGGAGGCAACAGCCGUUGUCUCGCUGUACCAGGCGCCCCAGGAAGCUUAUGAUCUAUUCGACAAGGUCACCGUUCUCUACGAGGGCCGCCAGAUAUACUACGGGCCGGUGGAGCGGGCAAAAGACUACUUCAUCCAGAUAGGCUUUUCCUGUCUAGAGCGACAGACGGUGCCGGACUUCCUCACCUCGCUCACCAGCCCCGAGGAACGAAGGGUCCGGCCGGGCUAUGAAGAUCGUGUUCCUCGAACUGCAGACGAAUUCGCGACUUGUUGGCAGGCAAGCCAGCUUCGCAAGGACCUUCUGCAGCAGAUCGCAUUGUUUGAACAGGAGUUUCCGGUCGGAGGCCCAUCGGCAGACCAGUUUCGCCAUGCGAGAACGGUGGAGAAGUCUUCCCUGAUGACCCCGAGCUCUCCAUACACGAUCUCCAUCCCGCGGCAGGUCGCCCUCUGCGCCCAGCGAGGCGUCCAGCGGAUCCAAGGCGACAAGACGUUUCCCAUCGUGACCAUCUUCGGGUGCUUUCUGAUAUCUCUGAUCCUCGAAAGCGUCUUUUAUGACUUGCCAGACGACACCCAAAGUCUCAACAGCCGAUGCAUCCUCCUCUUCUUCGCCCUGUUAUUCAACGCCCUGAACAGCUCGCUCGAGAUUCUCUCGCUCUAUGCACAACGCCCCAUCGUCGACAAGCAGGCAACAUACGCCUUCAUCCACCCGCUGUCUGAGGCCCUGUCCUCCAUCAUCUGCGACCUGCCCACUAAAAUCCUCAGCACCCUCGCCCUCAACAUCCCGCUCUACUUCAUGGCCAAUCUGCGUCAAAGUGCGGGUGCCUUUUUCAUCUACCUCCUGUUUGCCUUUUCCUCCACCCUCACAAUGUCCUCUAUUUUCCGCACCAUCGGACAGUCGACACGCAGCAUAGCGCAGGCUCUCACUCCCACUUCGCUGUUUGUGAUCGGGCUGGUCGUGUAUGCAGGGUUUGUGUUGCCGAUACGGAAUAUGCAAGGGUGGCUGCGCUGGGUCAACUAUAUUGACCCGCUUGCAUAUGCGUACGAGAGUCUGGUUGCGAACGAGAUGCGCGGGCGCCAGUUUUCCUGCACAAGCUUCGUGCCCAGCGGACCGGGGUAUGAGGGAGUUGACGCGCAGAGUCGCACCUGUUCCAUCGCGGGGGCUGUCGCGGGGAGCAGCAUUGUCGGUGGUGACGCCUAUGUUGCCGCGAGCUAUGAAUAUUACUAUUCUCAUGUGUGGAGGAACUUCGGAAUUCUGAUCGCAUAUAUUGUGUGUUUCACUAUGGCUUACGUGCUCUGCGCCGAGUAUAUCCCCGGCGACGUGUCACAGGGCGAGGUGCUUCUCUUCCACCGAGCUCAGAAACGCAAGUUAGAUCAAAAGGUCCAUCGAGAUGAGGAGACUGCGAGAGAGCCAACGGCGUUGGACGGGCGGGCAGAGAAGGCGGAUGAAGAGAAGGCUGUGGUUAUUCAAGAGCAACAUAGCGUUCUGCACUGGGAAGAUCUCUGCUACGAGGUGUCGAUCAAGGGAGAGCCCAGAAGGAUAUUGAACCGGGUGUCUGGGAUGGUGCAGCCGGGGGUUCUCACUGCGUUGAUGGGAGCAUCCGGCGCAGGUAAAACAACGUUGUUGGACGUACUGGCCAACAGGGUAAACGCCGGGGUGGUGACAGGCGACGUCUGCGUCAAUGGCCGUCCCCGAGAUGCAUCCUUCCAGCGUCAGGUUGGCUAUGUUCAGCAGCAGGACAUUCACCUCGAAACCACCACUGUCAGGGAGGCUCUGGUCUUCAGCGCCUGCUUGAGACAGCCAGCCCAUGUGCCAAAGGCAGAGAAGCUGCACUAUGUGGAAGAGAUUAUUGGCGUGCUGGAGAUGAACGCCUACGCUGAUGCAGUGGUUGGCCUGCCUGGUGAAGGUCUCAAUGUCGAGCAAAGAAAAAGGCUGACUAUUGGCGUGGAGCUCGCUGCAAAGCCUGAUCUGCUUAUAUUCCUCGACGAGCCAACCUCUGGAUUGGACAGCCAGACAGCAUGGACGCUGAUUGACUACUUUGAGCGCCAUGGCGGAGAGCCCUGUGCGGCGGAUUCCAAUCCUGCCGAGUGGAUGUUGCACGUCAUUGGGGCUGCACCUGGAAGUGUAGCUGUCCGUGACUGGCCGGAGACAUGGAAGGCCAGCCCUGAAUACGCCCAGCUGCGUCAGGAGUUGCAGAGGCUCAAAAGCAACCCUCGGAGUGAGGCAAAGCCCUCCAGUCAGCAACAGUACGCAGCGCCCUUUGGCACGCAACUGAUGCUCUGUACCACGCGAGUAUUCCAGCAGUACUGGCGAACCCCUUCCUAUUUAUGGAGCAAGCUGAUUCUGUGUUUUGGCACGGCCUUAUUCAUCGGUCUCUCCUUCUUGCAGACGGAGAUCUCCGUCAUGGGCCUCCAGCAUCAAAUGUUCGCCAUCUUCAUGCUCUUCGUCAUCUUUGCCUUUCUCGCCUACCAAACCAUGCCCAACUAUAUCCUCCAACGAACGCUGUACGAAGCCCGCGAGUCUCCCUCCAAGAUCUACUCCUGGCUGGCGUUCAUGCUGGCCAACAUCAUUGUCGAGAUCCCCUGGAACAGUUUGGCCACGGUGAUCAUCUACCUCCCCUUUUACUAUAUAAUUGGAAUGGACAAGAACGCGGAUGUCACACACACCCGAACCGAACGGAGCUGGCUGAUGGUUCUGCUGAUCUGGACAUUCAUGGUGCAUUGCGCCACGUUUACCAUCAUGGUUGUUGCCAGUGCAUCCACCGCAGAAGUCGGUGCCAUCAUCGCGCUCAUCUUGUACACCAUGAGCCUGAUUUUCUGUGGAGUGAUGGCAACCCCCGCAUCCAUGCCCGGCUUCUGGAUCUUCAUGUACCGCGUCUCGCCCCUGACCUACCUGAUCAGCGGCAUGCUCUCGGCCGGUCUCGGACAAACGCCCGUAACAUGCACAGAUGUUGAAGUCACGCUGGUGCAGCCGCCAAGUGGGAAGACCUGCAGCGAGUACCUGUCUGCAUAUAUGCAGACGGCGGGAGGAGCCCUGUAUAACCCCGACGCGACGACAGACUGUCAGUUCUGCUCGAUGACCUCCUCGGACGUGUUUCUGGCGUCGUCGUCAUCGGACUAUGGCGAUCGGUGGAGGAACUUUGGGCUCAUCCCUGGGACUGUAUUGGCUUGGGAGAGUGCCGAAGGGUUGGAGCUGGGGGUCGGUUGGGAAGAGGCUCAGGAGGGCUGGCGAGGUUGUGGGGAUGAAGGGCCAGUAACCUGGGUGGAUGCUGCUCUCUGGCUUGACUCUGCCAGCUCCGAGCAUCCGGGCGGGGCAAACUGCUCUGGCGUGAUUGCGAGAAAAAGCUAUAAGAGACGGCCGGGGUGCCAUCUUUUCAUUGUUAUUCCUCGCAACAUCUUCAGAAUGGGCAAACCAUCCGCCAUUUCCACCACGGAGGCCCGACCCGAUGCCCACCCCGAGAAGCGAAAAUGGUACCGUUCAACCCUGUUCAACGCCUUUGUCAUCGGCGCCGUGGGGUUCCUCGCUCCAGGCCUCUGGAACGCCAUGUCUUCUCUCGGCGCCGGCGGUGCCCAGGAGCCCUAUCUUGUCAACGCAGCCAACGCCCUUGUCUUUGGGCUCAUGGGCUUCUUGUGCCUGUUUGGCGGCCCCCUUGCCAACCGCAUUGGUCUUGCCUGGACGCUGUUCCUCGGCGCGGUUGGCUACCCCGUGUACUCCGCCGGACUGUACACCAACAACCGGUACGGGAAUGAAUGGCUGGUCCUUGUCGGCGCCGUCUUCUGCGGUGUCUCCGCGGGGCUCUUCUGGGCGAGUGAAGGUGCUGUCGCGCUGGGCUACCCCGAGCCUGGGAAACGCGGUCGGUACAUGAACAUUUGGCUGUGGUUUCGAACGGGCGGUCCGCUCGUCGGCGGGGCAAUCGUGCUGGCAUUGAAUAACGACGCCUCGGCCGUGAAGAAAGGGUCGGUCGACGCGCAGACCUAUCUCAUCUUCGUGGCGCUGCAGUGCGUCGCCGCGCCCGUGGCCCUCCUCCUCUCGCCGCCCGAAAAGGUCCAGCGCAGCGACGGGACCAAGGUGAUUGUGCGGGCCGAGGGCAGCUUUGCCGCCGAGUUUCGUGCCCUGUACAAGGCGAGCAUGCGGCGCGAUAUCCUCCUCCUGUUGCCGAUCUUCUGGGCCGCCUACUUCAACCAGUACUCGGGCAACUUCCAGACAUACUACUUUGGCGUGCGCGCCCGAGCGCUCAUCGGCUUCGUCAGCAACUUUGGAACCCUGCUCUCCUCCCAGCUCAUCAGUACCCUCCUCGACUACAAGGGUCUCCCCGUGGAGCGGCGCAUCCAGUUCGGCUUCUACUGGGUCGUCGUGUGGCACGUCAUUGCGUGGAUAUAUGGAUGGGUGAUCCAGGAGAAGUACACGGCAAACCCGCCGGCGUGGGACUGGGUGGAUGCCGGGUUCGUCGAAGGCUUCUUCGUGCUGUUGCUCUGGGACUUUGCGCGACAGGCGCUGCAGAACUGGCUGUACUACUUCCUGGCGACGAAGACAGACAACAUCUCGGAGCUGAGUCGGUUCUCCGGCAUCCUGCGCGGGCAGGAGAGUUUUGCGCAGGCGAUCAGUUUUGGCCUGAAUACGAGAAAUUGGACAGGUGGAAGGGUGCCCUUGGCGGUUAAUACAAUCCUGCUUGGUCUCGCUGUGUACCCGACUUGGUUGGCCAUGAAGGAGCACAUCCCCGUUGGAACAGAGAAGGAUGUUUCCAGUGCCGGUAGAGACGAGGAGACGGGGGUGGUGACGGUCCCUGUCACGCAUGAAAACAUCAUGACUGGCCAAGCGCAUCUCGACAAGUAUACUCACCCUCCGGAGACAACGGAGAAGCUCCAGUAUGCAGAACUGACCACCAUUGACCUCUCUGAAUUCGAUCGCCCAGGAGGUAAGGAGAAACUGGUCGCGCAGCUGAAGGAUGCCGCGCAUGAGAUCGGUUUCUUCUACGUCGAGAAUUUCGGUCUCACGCAGGACGAGAUCGACCGGCAAUUCGCGAUCGGCCGCGAGUUCUUUGCCCUUCCAGAGCAGGAACGGAUCAAGUAUCGAGCGCCACUCGAAGAAGGCAUCUACAAUGGCUAUCGUCCCCUGGGGUCGAUCGAGAUCCUCCCCGGACUGCGCGACAACAUCGAAUUCUACAACGUGAUGAAAUUCCUCCCCCAGUAUGACCGCGAGCAUCCCAAUAUCUACCGGCAGCACUGGGCAGAGAUCGAAAAGUUUCACCGGCACGUCCAUGAGCACAUUGCCUACCGGCUCUUCCGGUUACUGGCUCUCGUCUUAGAGAUCCCCGAGGAUGAGCUGGAAAACGGCCACCGCUACGAGGCCAACUGCGACAGUGGGCUGCGGUACAUGAUGUACCGGGCGCGCUCCGAAGAGGAGAACAACAGGUACAAGGACUUGUACUCGCGAGGCCACACGGACAAUGGCACCAUCACCUUUGUCUUCCAGCAGCCGGUGGCCGCACUGCAGGUCAGGAAGUCGGAGGACGCCGAGUGGGAAUGGCUGCGCAUCCCUCCAGGUAAGAUUGCCGUCAACAUCGCCGACAUGCUCUCGAUCGUGUCCAAUGGAUAUCUGAAAAGUGGCAUCCAUCGAGUCGUGGUGCCCCCGGCCGACCAGGCAUGCAAUGACCGACUGGGGCUGCUCUACUUUGUCCGUCCCAGUGACCGACUGAUGCUGAAGACGGUGGACAGCCCCCUCUUGCGUCGAUUGGGCAUCUACAAGGAAGGGAACAACAACGAGAUCGAUGUGCCUGCCAUCGAGUGGACCAGGGCGCGCGUUCGCAAGAACUGGUCCAGAUCGCCCACGGAUCUCAAUGCGGGCACUUCGCUAGCAGGAUUUUCUGUCAAGCAUUUCCAUGAUUAA